AUGUCAUUAUUCCCGCCGCAAUGGCAACCACCAGCAGAUCCUGCCAGAACACCAUGUCCAUAUGCCACGGACUUCAGGGUGACGAUCGAUGCCCACACUCCUCCGCCUCCAUUUGGCCACCGAGAUUACCGAGAUAACAACCACGUCCGGCCGCACAAUAUUCCCGAAGAGGAACGCAAAACUAUGACGAAGACACAGCUCGUCCUCGCGGACCCGCCCAUGGAGACCGCUUGCCCUCAAGGGCCGCGUAAGACCGCAGAGCUGAUCAUCACUGAGCCCAUCGCCACGGGUGACGAUCGCGGAUCACAGGUCGCUUUCGUCCGAAUCACACCCGCGAAGGCCGCCGGCAAGCCGCCUUUCGUAGCCACGGCUAAGAUUUUCGACCCAAUGUACUACCCUUUUGAGACAGAGGAGUUUCCUGGCUAUCCCGAGGAAGUAAGCUAUAAUGCCGACCGCGAGUACAGCCGCGAGGCAUCUGCUCUGUCCUACGCCACGCAAGUUGGGCUAGCUGGUGGUUUCGUGCCGAAGUUCUACGGCUCGUGGACAUUCAACCUCGACGUGCCUGGGUCCCAGGCGACCAGACCCGUUCGCCUUGUUCUAUACGAACAGAUCCGCGGAACAAGUUUGUACAGCCUACAACGCCGGUACCGCAAGGGAAAUGAGGAGCACUUUGACGCGUUCUAUCUUCCUGAGAAGUACAGGCUUGAGGUAUUUGCACUCCUGCUGGACGGCCAGGUUAGGUUACUGCAUAAGGGUCUCAAUCAGAAGGACCUCGCACCGCGUAAUGUGAUUGUAUCACCCGCACCGGCGGCAAACGACCCCGAGCCGGUGGUCAAACGAGUCACGUUGAUCGAUUAUGCCAACUCGAUUGUAUAUCCAUUAUCUAGGCACAAGCGGCAUCCACACCAGGAGCUUGCUCUGCCAAAGAAUCCAAUGGAGUACUUCCGUGGCGGGGUGGGAAUGCAAUUCGAUGGUUGGGUGCCGGAUGUUUUCCCUGGCUAUGAAAAAUGGCUUCAGGAGACUUUUGGACGCAAGGACAAGGCUGCAAAGUAUGCACCUGUAGCUGAAGACCCCCCCGAAGAAUGA